UGUUCUAUCUUCUGUUAAUCCUCUAUCACACUCUUCAUUUUAAGAGGUGAUACAGUGGAAAGAAAGCAGCGGACUGAAGGUUAGCAGCCUCACUUCUGAUCCAGGAUUCCCUGCUAACUGGCUGCCACCUCCCUCUGUGGGCCUCCGUCUCCACAUGGCUUCUAAUACCCUGAGCAGUGCUGAAACCAGUUUGUGAUUCCAAGAGCACCCCUCCUCAGGCCUGAGAUCUGAGGGCAGGAAGCAAGUGAGCACAGGAGCCCAUUAGGCCACUGUGACCCAUGGACCUGCCCCCACAGCUCUCCUUUGCCCUCUAUGUGGCCGCAUUUGGGCUGGGCUUCCCGCUCAACACCCUGGCCAUCAGGGGUGCCGUGGCCCAUGCCCGGCUCCGCCUCACCCCCAGCCUUGUCUAUGCCCUCCAUCUGGGCUGCUCAGACCUCCUGCUGGCAGCCUCCCUUCCCCUGAAGGCGGUGGAGGCCCUGGCCGCAGGAGCCUGGACUCUGCCGGCCCCACUCUGUCCAGCCUUUGCCCUGGCCCACUUCGCUCCACUCUAUGCAGGUGGCGGCUUCCUGGCUGCCCUGAGCGUUGGCCGCUACCUAGGAGCCGCCUUCCCCUUGGGCUACCAAGCUGCCCGGAGGCCCUGCUAUUCCUGGGGGGUGUGUGUGGCCAUAUGGGCCCUGGUCCUCUGUCACUUGGGGCUGGUCUUUGGGUUGGAGGCUCCGGGAGGCUGGAUGGACAAUACCACCAACUCCCUGGGCAUCAACACACCAAUCAAUGGCUCUCCAGUCUGUCUGGAGGCCUGGGACCCAGCCUCAGCGGGCCCUGCUCGCCUCAGCCUCUCUCUCCUGCUCUUCUUUCUGCCACUGGCUAUCACAGCCUUCUGCUAUGUGGGCUGCCUUCGGGCACUGGCUGGCUCAGGCCUGAGCCACAGACGAAAACUAAGAGCAGCCUGGGUGGCUGGCGGAGCUCUGCUCACACUGCUGCUCUGCUUGGGACCCUACAAUGCCUCCAAUGUGGCUGGCUUCCUGUACCCCGACAUGGGAGGCCGCUGGCGGAAAUUGGGGCUCCUCACAGGUGCUUGGAGUGUGGUGCUCAACCCACUGGUGACAGGCUACUUGGGAGGCAGGUUUGGCCACGGGACAUCAUGUGUGGCAAGAAUGAAAGGGAGUACAGCCCAGAAGCGGUAGCCACUGCCGGGGAGAAGGAACAUGCAGCAGACCCCAGCUGCUUCUUUAGGCCCCUGGUAGAGGCUGCUCCAAAGGAACUGCAGGGUGGCCUUCCCUGGGGGCACCCCUGGAGCCACUUAUGGGAAGAACUGAGCCUGGAAAGACUGCAUCCCCUGGGAGAGAAUGGAGGCCAGGAGCUGGGUCGCAGGAGAGAGGUGAAUUGUGGCAUGAGAAAGCAGACAGUGGCCAUAAAGGAGGCAGACACCUGGGCAUCCGCUCUGAUGAGGCAGGUGCAGGAAGCAAGAUUGUUCCUCUAGUGACAAUAAUGCCGAGAACACAUGGGAGCACCAACAGUGGGAGCUGCGUGCCCAGCACGUGUGACCUGGUUUAUAAAAGUUGUCUCUUUUCAUGUGUAAAUGUCCACAAAGGGCAAGGAAUUUUGUUUUAUUUCCUGAUAUAUUUCCAGCACCUAGUAGAAAGCCUAGCACGUCAUAGGCUGUCAGCAAAUGUUUGUUGAAUGAAUGAAUGCUCA